ACAAAGCCCUUCUUCACAGCACCCCACCAUCGCCACUGCCCCGAAGCUCACACUGACUGCGUAAAACAAACACAACUGUGUGCACACACACACAUUUGCAACAACGACGCCUUCAGUGUUCGGCACAUCGUGCUAAACACAAAUUCACAGUCGUCUUCCUUCUCUCCUUCCUUCAUAACCUAGCGAGAACGAAGAUUAAGCACUGCGAAGGUUGGCAAGCAGUAGCACCACCACCACCACCCAUCCUACCGAGGAUUUAACCUUGCCGUUGCGCGAAUUAUCGGGUCAAAAACUGGAGGGGGGGGGGGGGGAGGGGGAAAAGAACCAGGAAUCAGCAGGAAUCCGGGCCCAUGGUGCGCACAUUAACGGGUUAUUCCUGUGUUUGCAGCGGGAAUGUGGGUGGGUGUAGUAGCAGCAGCAUGACGAGAGUGGAACAGUGCUCGGUAGUCAUCGGAGUGUGUUACAAUGUCAAACUGUGGGUCUCCGCAUUCUACUAACGACAGAUGAAGAGAGCGAGAAAGACAGCGAGAGCUAUUUCUCGACCCUCUCGCUACUUCCAACGUGACGUGAGCCGCAUGGAUUGUCAGCAACGUUGAUUGCCCUAACCCCCCACGUGGUUUUUAGUUGUCUCCGUCAGCGUACACCACCGCUUGGUUUGCUUUUCAUCGUUGGGGUGUCGAGGGCAUAGAAUUGGCUCGUACUGAAAUGGGGGUCUAAUUUUUUGAGCGAAGGCUUUGGUUUCCUCUCUCCUCUUCUGAAAAAUUUCUGAAUCGAUGGAGGCUGCUGAUAGCGCAACGAAUAACUCCAAGGAUACUCACUUCUAUGGGAAAAGCAGAGCAGAGAAUCGCCGUCGCUCUGACGCCAUGCUUCUCCUCUUCCGAGCUCUCACGUUCUCCUUUUCAUUAGCAGCUGUCGUUGUAAUGGGAACCAACAGAUAUAGAAUCAAUCCGCAGCUGAAGGUGUCGUGGUAUGACUUUGAACCUUACAGAUAUGUCUUGGCGGUGAAUGCAAUCAUCUGCAUCUAUUCGUUUGUGGAGACCUGGCUAGCGGUGUACACUUACUUGCAGGGCAGUUACCUCUUGCCCGAAAUUUUCCAAGUUUGGUUCGACUAUGGCCACGACCAAGGAUUUGCGUACCUUCUGUUUUCGGCGAACUCCGCUGGCGUUGCAAUGGCACAACUUCUACAAUCAGGGAAUACAUUGAUUCACGGAGCAUACCAUUGCACGGAGGCAGGAGGUUACUGCACUCAAGCUCGCGUGUCGAUUGCCCUCGGAUUCGUAGCAUUUCUAUUCCUCGCUCUGUCAUCCCUUUUGACUGGGUUACGAGUUGCAAGAUGGUACCUGCGGUGAAAAUGGUUACUAAAGCGGUAACCAUAGAUCCUCAUUCGUUACCAUUUCAACUAGGUUUGGUUUAUAUUUCCAUUACUGAUGUGCACUUCACGGUUGCGAUUGGAAGGUCCUUGCUUCUCCCUGUAAUAUUCAGAGCCUUAGCGUGGGAGUUCGGCGUCAAGCGAGCUGCAAGAAUGUUUGCGCCAUCUCUGUCUGCGUCAUCUUUUUCGGACUUAUUUCCACGUUCGUGCCAGUUCUUCUGAGUAUCUAGCUUGGAUACCCAAUAGUGUUUACGCCGAGAAGGACGCUGUUGUGAUCAUAGAUAGGAUUGUUGUCCUUCCAGCCUCAGGAACUUAGUGGCAGCACAAGUUGAUAGGUACGUAGUUUAGUACUAGGAGACCGUGUCGGUGAUUUUAUCUGCCGAAAACUGUGUCACGUAGACCAACUUUGAAGAGCCAUCAGAGUGAUGACAUAAUCUUCAUGCUUACCUGGAUUGUAUACAUUUAGAAUGAAUACUUUCCGAUGUAAUCAAAGUUGUGCCCCUUUCAUAUGAAAUCUUAUGACAUGUUUUCAGCCGAA